AUGGGCUUACACGAGCUCGAGGAGGUGGACCCGAGCCUGGCUGACGGCCACCGCAUCUUCUACGAGCGCGAGGUGCCGUUUGAGCUUCGCUCGGCGCAGGGCAACGAGGAGCCCAGAGAGGUUGGCGCGCUCGAGGCGAUCAGGGUGAAGAUACUCGCGCUGGGAGAUGAGGGCGCGUUCACGGGCCUGCGUGUGGAGCUCACGAGCGAGUCCAACCUGUUCUUCCACUACGUCCACGAGCUCGACAUCGCCGGUUUUAAGAAGCUGCAGCAGGGGCAGAACCUGAUGGUGGACUUUGCCGAGUAUCCGAGCGUGAUGGUGAGAAACCUGGACAACUGCAUCAAGCAGCCGCACUCGCACCUCGCGGUGCUGGUCAUGAAGCGCGACGGCUCCGCCCGGCUCGAUUUCAUCCAGAAUAUGGAGUACAAGUUCGUCGAGCUGCUGUCCAUCGACCUGAAGGCCAGCGGCGAGGAUGUGGUCAGGGAGCAGAUCUCGUACAGGUACAACGCGAUGAAGAACAGGAUGGCGCUGAUGCAGGCGAGGCUCGCGGACGUCAACGCGUUGGUGAAGAUCAAGAAUCCCUCGCUAUUGCUGCAGCUCAAGAAGGCGUCGCUCUCGUGA